GGUAACGGAAAGUCUCCAUGGAAACCAGCCUCCCAGGAAGUGACCACUGGGGUUAGUAUGUGUGAAACAGAGCUAGAAAGAUGAAAUGAAGGAAGUGACUGCUUUCAAAGUGGGGUAUACGUAAGAAAUACCUUGAUUAAAACAAGCUACAGGAAAGGCCCUAAAAUCACUUCCCUGAUGGUUUUCCCUUUGAAAGUGUUCAAUGAGAAAUGGGCCUGAAUCAUUCUAAGGCUCACCCUAGGGUGACCAAAGUAGCACCUUUCCAAAAUAAAGAGGGAGAGACUGCCAUGGCUGACCCUGUGGACUUUGCAUUUAAUCAGAAUCUGGAAGAAAAGAGUUCGUUUUCGCUUGCAAGACUGCAGGACCGGAAUAAAGCUUUGGAAGGGCAGCUGCCGCCACUACGAGAUACCUGGUAUGGAAGACACUCUGCAGUGCCCAGGGCCAUCUAUUUUGACAUUCCACUGGAACAGGGAGAAACAAGUAUUAUUAAAAGGCAUCCACCCCGAAGACUUCAAAAGCUUGAACCCCUUGACCUGCCACCAGUAAUUACUUCUGAAAGACACCUGAGCCAGCAAGAAGCUGAGAGAACUCACAAAGCAAAGCAGGGCCUGGAAAAGAAGGUGCAAACUCCAAUGUAUACUUCUGGGAAAAGACAAUAUUUACAUAAGAUGCAAAUGCUGGAAAUGAACCGUAAAAGACAAGAGGCCCAAGUGGAGUCAAAGAAAAGUCUUCAUAAGGAGUCUAGGACUAAUAAACAAAAACCCAGGGAAAAUAAAGCCAAGAAAACCCUUCAAAACAUCCCAAGAAAUGAUGACGGUGACUUCAUAACAUUGUUGCCUGAUGAAAGCUUGAUUACAAGCCCAGGAAAGUUGCAGAGUGCAGAAUUUUGGGGACAUCAAACAAGGAAUGACUAUUGUGCCCAGAAAACUGGCAAAAUGGAGUCAUGGUUCCGUGAACAAGAAAUCCGGGGACAGCUUCUCUGGGACAGUUCUAGCUCUGACUCAGAUGCGUUGGGCAAAGACGAGAGGAAACCACGAGCACUGGUGAGGACCAGGACAGAGAAAAUCCCGCUUUUUGAUGAGUUUUUUGAUCAAGAAUAAGAGUGCUAAUUCACUAACUUGAAUGCUGAGUGCAUUGAAGCUUGCUUUCUUGUUAAAUUCUUCAAUUUGUGUGUGAGUCUUCUGAGGAAACCAAUUCACUUUCUUUUCAUUUAGAGCCUUACUGUCAAAAGCUGUGACACAUUGUUAAAUAUGCUGCAGAGCUAACUGCCUCAAAACGUAGGAGUUUAAACAACAGCCAUUUAUUGUUUCACUUCUUUGUGACUUGCUGGACUCAGGUGUCUGGUACUUCUAGCUGGCCUCUUGUAGUCUUUCGUGUCAUUGAAGGCAAGUGGCAGCUAAGACUGGAGUCAUCUGCAAGCUUGACAAGGACACUGAGUCAGCUAGAUCCCGCCCAUACUCAUUCUCUUCAUAGGUUUCCCCAAGUGGUCUCUCUAGAAGGGCAGUGACUUUGCCAUUCUAUCAGCGCUGAGCUUCCUAAAACGAAAGCAAGCUGAGUCCUCUCAAAGACCUGAUGGAACGGAUGACUUACCACUACCACUACAUUCUCUUGGUUAAUGUGGGUCAUGGACUAGGUCACAGUUAGUUGGAAAAGGGAACUACUUCCAAAGUAUGGUCCAUAGAGCUGAUCUUUAAGACUUACCAUCACACUAUUUUUCAAAAACCAAAUUAUAUCUUAUAAAAUAAAUGAGAGAGUAGAUUUGAUACAGAUAAAAAUCAGUUUUUAAGGACAUCAGAUUAAUGCUAUAUGAAACACUUAGCUCACUAAGUCAUUUUCUUGUGAGUUAGCAAGUUUGUUAUCUCAACAAGGAAGCAACAAAAAAGAGGUGGAAUAAUGUGGAAGGUCACUGUGAAUUAAAACUCAAAAUAAAUAAAGAUUGCUUGGAUUAUGAUGUAGAUCUUAUAACUCAAAAACUAAAAGGAAGCUUAGAAAUUUCAGUCCAAAGUUUACUUCAUUUUCAAAAUUAGAUUUUUAGGCAACUUUAAGAAUUUCUUUUGUAUAAUUCAGGCUCACUUCUAGCAUAAUCUAAAAAUACUUUUAAGCAAUCCAAAAGCUUCUAAGAAUUUAGUGAAAGUUGAGAGCAUAGCAAAACAAAAACACUCU